AUGGAGAGGGUCGGGCAGGGCAGUCCGCAGAUGCAGAUGGAGAGGGUCGAGCAGGGCAGUCCACAGAUGCAGAUGGAGAGGGUCGGGCAGGGCAGUCCACAGAUGGAGAGGCUCGGGCAGUCCAGUCCACAGAUGCAGAUGGAGAGGGUCGGGCAGGGCAGUCCACAGAUGGAGAGGGUCGGGCAGGGCAGUCCACAGAUGGAGAGGGUCGAGCAGGGCAGUCCACAGAUGGAGAUGGAGAGGGUCGGGCAGGGCAGUCCACAGAUGCAGAUGGAGAGGGUCGAGCAGGGCAGUCCACAGAUGCAGAUGGAGAGGGUCGAGCAGGGCAGUCCACAGAUGCAGAUGGAGAGGGUCGAGCAGGGCAGUCCACAGAUGCAGAUGGAGAGGGUCGAGCAGGGCAGUCCACAGAUGGAGAGGGUCGAGCAGGGCAGUCCACAGAUGGAGAGGGUCGAGCAGGGCAGUCCACAGAUGCAGAUGGAGAGGGUCGGGCAGAGCAGUCCACAGAUGCAGAUGGAGAGGGUCGGGCAGGGCAGUCCACAGAUGCAGAUGGAGAGGGUCGGGCAGGGCAGUCCACAGAUGCAGAUGGAGAGGGUCGGGCAGGGCAGUCCACAGAUGCAGAUGGAGAGGGUCGAGCAGGGCAGUCCACAGAUGCAGAUGGAGAGGGUCGAGCAGGGCAGUCCACAGAUGCAGAUGGAGAGGGUCAGGCAGGGCAGUCCACAGAUGGAGAGGGUCGGGCAGGGCAGUCCACAGAUGCAGAUGGAGAGGGUCGGGCAGUCCACAGAUGGAGAGGGUCGGGCAGGGCAGUCCGCAGAUGCAGAUGGAGAGGGUCUGUCGGCGCCUUUCCUCCGCGCUCUGUCCUCUGCCUCAAAGCACCAGCCCCACGCCCCAACCACAGGCGGCGCCCGCACCAGCUGA